UCUUCUCUGACUUCUACUAUAAAUUUUGUGCCUCCAACCAAACCUUCUCACUAACAUUCUACUUUUCACCUUCUCUCUCUGUUUCACACUAAAGAAAUGCAUACCAAAUUUCUUUUUUCUUCCUGCAUCGUACUUGUUCUUUUGUUCUCACUAUCUUCUGUCAAUGUUGUUGUUGCUGGAGAUGGAGAAAGUUCUGGUGAAUCUGGGAACCCAUUUACACCAAAGGGUUAUCUGAUUAGGUACUGGAAGCAACAUGUGUCAAAUGACUUACCAAAGCCAUGGUUCUUUCUCAACAAGGCAUCCCCAUUGAGUGCUGCACAAUAUGCAAAAUAUUCAAAGCUUGUUGCUGAUCAAAAGGCACUCACCACACAGCUUCACUCCUUUUGCUCUUCAGCAAAUCUCAUGUGUGCACCUGAUUUGUUACCAAAUCUUGAAAAGCACAAGGGAGAUGUCCAUUUUACCACUUAUGGUGACAAGAACUUUACCAAUUACAACACUAAAGUAUAUGGUCUCGGAUUUAACUCAUUCAAGAACUAUUCCGAGGAUUUUACUGGAGGUAUAAAUUCUUUCAGGCGUUAUGGUAGAGAUUCUCCCCGUGACAAUCAAUUUGACAACUAUGCUCCUGAUGGCAAUGUAGUUGAUCAAAGUUUCAACAGCUAUAGCACAAAUACUCCAGGGGGUUCUGGCCAAUUCACAAAUUAUGGGCCAGAUACCAAUGUCCCCUCUCUAAAGUUCAAUUCCUAUUCGGACAAUGGUGCAGGCUCGGACCAAAAUUUCACAAGUUAUGGCUCAAGGGCCAAUGUCCCUGAUAUGCACUUCACUUCCUAUUCCGACCAUGGAACAGGUGGGGAACAUAGAUUCAAAUCCUACGGAGAUGACGGAAAUUCUGGUGGCGAAUCUUUCAGAAACUAUGGCAAAGAUGGGAAUGAGGCUGAUGGUGUAUUCACAAGCUAUGGAAACGAGACAAAUGUUUUAGGCUCAACAUUUAUGAACUAUGGUGAGACAGCAAAUGGGGAGAGUCAAAAUUUCAUGUUUUAUUCUACCAACGGUAAUAAUCCUCAAAACAACUUCAAGAACUAUGGUGUUGAAGGUAAUGGUCCAUCUGAGACUUUUACUAACUACAGAGAUCAAUCAAAUGUUGGAGAUGACACGUUCACUACCUACGUCAAGCAUUCCAAUGGCGGUGAAGCAAAUUUUACCAACUAUGGUCAAUCAUUUAAUGAUGGUACUGAUGUAUUUACUACCUAUGGUAAAGGGGCUAAUAACCCACAUAUUAAUUUCAAGACUUAUGGAGUUAACAACACUUUCAAAGAUUAUGUCAAAGAUACUGCCAUAUUUUCCAACUAUCAAAACAAAACUUCCCAAGAUUUGGCUUCGUUGGCUGAGGUCAACAGUGUCAAAAAGGUGAAUAACCGGUGGGUUGAACCCAGGAAGUUUUUCCGGGAGAAGAUGCUGAAGAGUGGUACAGUCAUGCCUAUGCCAGACAUAAGAGAUAAGAUGCCUAAAAGGUCAUUUUUGCCUCGGGUGAUUGCUUCGCAAUUACCCUUUUCUAGCUCAAAGAUUGCUGAGCUGAAGAAAAUCUUCCAUGCCACCGAUGAUUCUCAUGUGGCAAAGAUGAUCGGCGAUGCCCUGAGCGAAUGUGAAAGAGCACCGAGCGCCGGGGAAACAAAACGAUGUGCUAAUUCAGCCGAAGAUAUGAUUGAUUUCGCAACUUCAGUGCUUGGCCGAAAUGUCAUUGUUCGAACCACCGAGAAUACAAAAGGAUCAAAGGGAAAUAUUAUGAUAGGAUCAGUCAAAGGAAUCAACGGUGGAAAUGUCACCAAAUCAGUGUCGUGUCAUCAGAGCUUGUUCCCUUAUUUACUCUAUUACUGCCAUUCAGUUCCUAAAGUGCGGGUCUAUGAAGCUGAUAUUUUGGACCCAAAUUCAAAGGCUAAGAUCAACCAUGGCGUCGCCAUUUGCCAUGUGGAUACUUCUUCAUGGGGACCCAGGCACGGAGCCUUCAUUGCACUCGGGUCAGGACCUGGGAAAAUAGAGGUUUGUCAUUGGAUCUUUGAAAACGACAUGACUUGGACAAUUGCUGAUUGAGCCAAGGAGGAAAAAAGGAUUUUAUAAAUAUACAAAUUUUCUAAUUCAGAUCGAACCCGGGUGUGUAAUAUGUAGUAAAAUAAGUUUGAAACUUUGAAUGGUUCUCAAUUUAUAUUUGUUAUGUAAUCAUUGUAUUCUCUCUUUACAUGUGGGAAAAGCAAAAUACUCCCUAUGUUCAUCUUUAUUUGUUGCACUUAUUGGUAAUGAAUAAUAAAUAAAUUACAUAUUUUCUUA